CUUUCGGGUUGAAGCCCGCCGUCCAGGGGCCUGGUGCUGUCCGGCCGAGAGGUCCAGAUUGCUCCUUCUCCUCCGGUGUCUCCCGGUGACCUGCAGGGGUGGAAGAUCGCUGGGAGGGUGCAGAAACGCCGGAAACUGGAAAUGGUCCUCUUUCAGCCAUUUAUCUCACUGGGAUGAUUCUAGCAACCAUGGAGGUUAUGCUGCUUCUGAAUCUUCAUUUUAAAUCUCCCUGCUGAACUCUACAUCAUAUAUUCUAGUGCCUAUUUGGUUUCCCUGCAUACUUGAUUACAGACAUUUCAAACAUGGUUUAAGAUCAAUCUAAUGUCUUCCCAUUGUAUUCAUUGUUCUUUCUGCCAAUUUUAGUUUUUAGGACAAGUUUCUACAUAGCUGGCCAUGCAAACAGUUUUGAAGUACAUUCUCAUUUUCAACCUGUGCACAGAACCAGGGCUGGUGUCAUUUGAGGAUGUGUCUGUGGACUUCACAUGGGAGGAGUGGAAGGAUCUCAGUGAUGGCCAGAAGAACCUCUACAGAGAAGUGAUGCUGGAGACCUACGAUAAUCUGUUGGCCUUGGGACCCUGCAGUACCAAACCUGCUGUGAUCUUCAAGUUGGAGCAAGGAUCUGGGCCAUGCAUGCUAGAAGAAGCUCCAAGCCAGAGCUUCCCAGAUGUCCAGAAAGUAAACGGUCUUAUUCAGACAAACCAGGAAAAUCAAGAGAAAUGUUUUUGGCAAGUUGUAACCACAUCAGCUGAGGAGAAGGUUGAAUUGGAAAAACCAUUUAAUGUUAAUUCAAAUCAUAUUUCAGUUCUGAAUAUAAAGAAUAGAAACUAUUCAGGAGUGAAGCCUGAGGAACUUAACAUAUGGCAGAAUGUGCUUCUCCCUGGUGAACCACAUGAAGUGCAGAUUGGAGACGAGCCUGUUGAUCUUAAUGUAACUGGAAAAUCCUUCAGACAUUCUGAACACUUUAGUCUGCAUAAAAAAGUUCAAGAUAUGCAAAAGCAGUUUCAGUAUUUUGGACAAGAGAACAUCUACAACAUGAAAGCGAUAUUGACACAUAAAAAGAUUCAUGUGGUAAAGACUUCCAGUAAGUUCAGUGAAUAUGAGAAAGACUUUGAUAUGUUAGCAUUUAUUUCCCAAGAGACGACCCAAGCAAAGGAGAAAUCAAUUGAAUAUGCCUGUCAUAAAGUGCUAUUUAAAAAGGUUAAACUCAUUAACCAUGAGAAAAAACAAAAAGGACAGAAAUAUUCUGAACAUAGUUGUUUAGGAGAACCUUUCAUUAGCAAAUUAUAUGUUACAAAACAUCAGAGAACACAUGCAGGGGAAGAGCCCUAUAGAUGUAAUGAAUGUGAUAAAUUCUUCGGUGGAGAGACAGAACUAAAUAUGCAUCAGAGAAUCCACAGAGAAGCAAAAUCCUAUGAAGAUUUUGAAUGUGAAAAAAACUUUAACCAGAAGCAAAACCUCAGCAGAUGUCUGAAAAUUAACACAGAUGAGAAGCCAUAUGAAUGUAAUAUGUGUGAAAAAGCCUUUUACCAGAAAUCACACCUCAGUAGACAUCAGAUAAUUCACACUGGUGAGAAACCCCAUGAAUGUAAAGAAUGUAGGAAAACCUUCUACCAUAAAUCAUCCCUCAUUAUACAUCAGAGAACUCACACAGGUGAGAGGCCUUAUGACUGUACAAAAUGUGGAAAAGCUUUCUACAGUAAGUCACUCCUUACGUUACAUCAGAGAACGCACACCGGUGAGAAACCAUAUGAAUGUGAAGAAUGUAGAAAAACUUUCAGCUGUAAAUCCUACCUUAUAGUACAUCAGAGAACUCACACAGGUGAGAAACCAUAUGAAUGUGAAGAAUGUAGGAAAACUUUCUACUCUAAGUCACACCUCAGGAAACAUCAGGUCAUUCACACAGGUGGGAAAUCAUAUGCAUGUGAAGAAUGCAUGAAAACUUUCUAUCGUAAGUCUAUCCUCACUGAACAUAAGAGAACUCAUACAGGUGAGAAACCGUAUGAAUGUAAUGUAUGUGGAAAAUCCUUUCCCGGGAAAUCAAACCUUCGUAUACACCAGAGAAUACACAGAGGUGAUAAACCAUAUAAAUGUAAAGAGUGUAACAAAACAUUCAAUCAUAAGGCAGCCCUCACUGUACAUCAGGGAAUUCACACAGGAAACAAACCAUAUGCAUGUGAAGAAUGUAAGAAAACUUUCCUCCAUAAGUCAUCUCUCAUUGUGCAUCGUAGAAGUCACACAGGUGACAAACCUUAUGCAUGUGAAGAAUGUAGGAAGGCCUUCUACUGUAAGUCACAUCUCACUGUGCACCAGAGAACUCAUACAGGUGAGAAGCCCUAUGAGUGUGAAGAAUGUAAGAAAUCCUUUCACAAGAAGUCACACCUCAGCAGGCAUCAGUUAACACAUGAAACUGAGAAACAAUUUGAAUGUAAACAGUGUGGGAAAACUUUCUACCAUAAGGCAUCCUUCAUUAUACAUCAGAGAAUUCACACAGGUGAGAAACCAUAUGAGUGUGAAGAAUGUAGGAAAACUUUCUACUCUAAGUCACACCUCAGGAGACAUCAGGGCAUUCACACAGGUGGGAAAUCAUAUGCAUGUGAAGAAUGCGGGAAAACUUUCUGUCAUAAGUCUAACCUCACUGAACAUAAGAGAACUCAUACAGGUGAGAAAGCCUAUGAAUGUAAUGUGUGUGAAAAAUCCUUUUACCGGAAAUCAAACCUUAGUACACACCAGAGAACACACAGAGGUGAUAAACCAUAUGAAUGUAAAGAGUGUAACAAAACAUUCAAACAUAAGGCAGCCCUCACUGUACAUCAGGGAACUCACACAGGAAACAAACCCUAUGCGUGCAUGUGAAGAAUGUAAGAAAACUUUGAUCCAUAAGUCAUCUCUCAUUGUGCAUCAUAGAAGUCACACAGGUAACAAACAUGCAUGUGAAGAAUGUAGGAAGGCUUUCUGCUGUAAGUCACAUUUCACUAUGCACCAGCGAACUCAUACAGGUGAGAAGCCCUAUGAGUGUCAAGAAUGUAAGAAAUCCUUUCACAAGAAGUCACACCUCAGCAGGCAUCAGUUAACACAUGAAACUGAGAAACAAUUUGAAUGUAAAAAGUGUGGGAAAACUUUCUUCCAUAAGGCAUCCCUCAUUAUACAUCAGAGGAACAAUAUGAAUGUCAGCAAUAUGAAAAGUCCGUUUACAAAAUGUCAAACCUCACCAUAUAUAGGAACUGUACAGUAGGCUAUGGAUACUUCAAGCCUAGCCCCUGCUCACCCAAAUCUGUUAACAUUCGAAUUCUAAGUUCUUUCUCUGUGUUCUUAUGCACUUUAGACCUGAAGUAAACCUGCCUGGCCAGGCUGUUCUUGGGAGCCAUAGGUAACUGCAUUUAAUACAAAGAUAAUUGAUCUAAAAGAACAGUGCUCUUUCCACCUUUAUUCCCAAGUAUUCCAUGUUUAGUUUACAUGAGUGAGAGAUACUUUGUUGAAUCAUGUGUUUGUUCUGUUUGCAUUAUAAUGCAAACCUACUAUAGAUAAUUCAUUUUAUAAGCUUUUUGAGAAAUGAUACCUGUCUUGAUAUUGCAGAAUUCAUACAUGAGAAUCCUCUGCUGGCACCUGUUAUUUUCAUGUCAAUUUACAGGAAAAACAUGUUGAGAAGUUGUUGCAAAUGGAGAAUGGUUUUGUAGGCAGGAAAAUUCACAGAACACUUUGAAUAAGGUAUCUAUUCAUACAUUUGUUUCACGUGUAAAAAUUUCUGACAAACCUUCCAAAUGUUAUGUAUCAGGAAGUAGUCAUGAAGGAAGGAAAACUGUCAGCUUACAUAAUGAAUGUUUUUCAAAUGGAAGUGUUAAAUAUAAUAUUAGAAAUCAUUUCCAAAUAUUUCACUAUACUGAUGUAUAUAAAUACGAAUGGUAGUAUUUGCUGUUAAGAAUAAACGGACAUUUAUGAUUGUUGAAGUUGGAUUUUUGGGCAUUGCUGUUGGUAUCCAGUGCAGGCCAGACAUGCUGUUUACCAGCCUACUGUUCACCAACUGUCCCAUAACACACACGCACACACACACACACACACACACACACACACACAUUUUAGUAUUUUGUAUUAACACUUUCUUCUUUGGGACCCAGAACAACUGCACAGCAUAUGUAUAGUUCUUGUAAUAUAAUGACUGGAGCUCGGAAUAUACUUCUUUGGUGGGGUAUAUGCUUGCUCUGCAUGAGGGCCUGUUUUCAAUUCUUAGCAUAAAGAAGGCAAAUAUUUUGACUUACGUUAAAAGGUCCUGCAUUAAGUGUCACUG